AUGCUCAUAGCUCUUAUAGCAGUCUCCUCCGGUCUCGUCGCACUCGUACUAUUUAUAACAGUAGGAGCGUGCGUUCGGCUUCAUCGCUCAACGAGCGACGACGAAGCCGAACGAGGGCCGAAUUUACAAAACGGCAUCACACGGCUUCACCAAGUGAGCCCUCACCACGACGCAUCGGCCCCGGCCGAGGCGUCGCGGAAAUCGAAUUACUACCUCUUCCGGCGUGGCGCGCCGCCGCCGUUCAUCUGGGCGGACCACCCCGCCCUCGUCACCGACGCGGUGGAGAGCGGGUGGCCGCGGUUCGCCUUCGCGGCGGCGGCGACGACUGCAGUGCAGUCGUCGCCGUCGGUGAAGUCGCUGCUCGGCGCGUGCGCCGCCGCCGCUGACGGCGGCGAAGAUCGCGGCGUGGAGAUCGGGUGGGAGGUGUGCGAGGGAUCGGCGGAUUUUAUGCAGAAAAUCCGAUUGAAUCCGUCGGCGGUGGAGGUAGUUAGGGCGGGGCUGCCGCUGCCGGGGCCGAAUUUGGGGAAUUCGUCGUUCCCGCAGGAGGCGUAUUUUGAGGUGACGGUGGUGGCGUGCGGCGACGGGGGAAGUGAGGGGAGGAGGGAGAGGAGAGGGAGAUCGGAGGGGGAUGAUCGGAUUAAGCUGAUUGAUGAGGAUUUUAACGCGAAGAAUGGUGGGGAUUCGUGUUUGGUGUGUGUGGGGCUCACUGGGGUGAAUCCGAUUCCGGUGAGGUUUCCGGGAAGUUUUCCGGCGUCGAUUGGCUUCAAUUCCACCGGCGCUAUUUUUCUAAAUGGAACGAAGCUUGUGCCAGAGUCCGAACCCGCAAGCUGGGGAAAGACGGACAAGGUGGUCGGGUGCGGCUACAACCCGGGACAGAGGAAGGUUUUCUUCACGGUCGACUCCAAAGUAGUCCACGAGAUCCACUGCAAGAGCGAGGACUACAGCACCCCCCUCUACCCGACCCUGGCAGCCAGUGGGGAUGUCGUGGUGCUGGUGAACCUCGGGCAGAGCCCUUUUAGAUUCGCGCCUGCGAAUCAGCAUCGGACUCCCAACCCUUGCUUCAUGGGAGCCUCCCCUGCCCUCGGGUACGAGGAUAGCAAGGAGCUUUUCUCGAUGGGGAGGAUCGAUUCGCUGUGGAUGCAGAGAAGUGCAGCCAGAAGCAAUAAUAACACAGUCAAUAGCAUCAAAGCUAUGGAAGAGUAUGAUCAAGAAUCUGAGGGUGAUUUGUUUGAAAUUGUUCUGGAAAGUUCUGGAAGAUCACCCUAUACAGGCUAUACUACUCCAAAUAUUCACUAGAAUAUUUUUAUAUAUUUUUUUUAUUGUAACCACCUGAUUCUUUUUGUGAAUGUGAGAUGUGAAUUUGCAUAUUUUUUUUAA